AAGCUCCCGCCAUCCCCCGUUUCGGAACAGGUUGGUGGGGAGAAAUAUGUAAUAUUAUGUUUUAGUGCCUUUUUCGAAUUUAUUCGACGUGAUAUUUGAUUCGAGUUGAUGCUACAAGAUACACACCAAAGAUGGUCAUACUGGUUGUGUUGGUUGUGUUGUAUAUGGGAGGGAGAGAUGGUGGAGUUGAGGGUGGCUGUUGGUGUUCGUAAUACCAGAGUUUCCUAGGAUAAACAGUUGUGGUGUAGGCGUUUGGACUGUAGUAGGACUAAGGCUGCGUGUAUGUUGUUGUGUAGUGUGUGGCUUACUGCAUGAUGGCUGCUGCUGCUGCCUUGGAGGGUGCUGGAUCCCCUACCAAGGAGGAGCUCAAUAUGCCUCCUGUUGUUCAGCCUCGUAGAGGAGCCUCCGCUGGCACCAAUUCCACUCUGUUGCAUGAUUCUGCACUGCGCACUGCCACCAACAAUGCCACUGCCAGUACCCCCAACAUCCCUGCCUCAGUGGGAGCCUCCCUACAUUCACCCAUAUCUACACCCACAGGCACCAAGCUGGCUGUCACCACACCCUCUGAGUCACCUGCGGGGGGUGAAGGUGCCAGGAUAACUCUUGACGAAGAGAAAAAGAUCGCACUCAGUCAGCUUCAAGAGCUGGAAGUAGCCAUUAAAGUACGGAAAGUGACCAAGGUGGACGGCCGUAAGAUCCGGUGGAUUGAGUAUCGUGCUCGGAAGCAAGCUGAAGAAGCAAAGCAAGGAACUCAGAACAAGAAAAGAACACGCAGAGCCAAGUCAAAGUCUAAGGGAGGGGAGAAUAGUGAGAAUGAUGCAAACGUUGUGAAUAACAAUAAUAAUAAUAGCAAAAGUGAAAGCACAAUGAAAGUGGAUAUGGCCAGUACACCAUUGAGUGUGGUUGGAACAAACAAUGUCUUAGAGAGUAUGAAGCAGCAGUUCUUGCAGGGCACAGAAAGUAUAGAUGAACCACUUACCAAUGGUAAAACAAAUUUAGCUGAAACUACAGUUACCACCCAAAAGAGAAAAUCAGGGAGAACUCGUAGGUCUGUCAACACUCCUGAAGGAACGAGCCCCAAAAAUAGCACUCCGAAAAGACUAAGUCCAAUUGAAAAUAAAGGAAUGCAACCCCAGAGUGGAAAUGAAGUAAAGAACACUGCAUCUGCAAAUAGCUCAAUAAUAGAUACUUCACUCAGUAUACCAAACACACCAACUACACCAUUAAACUCAGACCCAGUUGCCUUGAAGAAGAAGUUUUUUGCCCCCAAGUCAUUAACAAAGGGUUUGCGUGAGGUUCGCAAAGUAGAAAAUGGGGUGGAGGGAGAAGUUACAGUGAAAUUAGAAGAUAAGAGUUCCCCAGUUUCUUCCCCAAUUACUACUUCAGUUGCCUCUUUAUCUCUAGCAGCACUUACUCCAGAUGUAGCUGAAGAGAUGAAGACUGAACCUAAAACUCCUGAAGCAAAAUCUUGUGAAAGUAAAAGUACUGAAACUAAAAUAUCCUGUCCUCUUGUCAAGGCAGCUGCAAAAUUACUUUCCCUGCCAUCUGUAAGAUCAAGAUCUGCUGACAACACAACAAAGAGUAAAAAAGUAGGUGCUCAGAAAGGAGUUAACAAAAAAGUCACUAUGAAAGCUGGUGGAAGAUCAGAAUCAGAACCCAGGAACGUAAUGAAUGGUCACAGCGAAGUAUUACAAAAUGGUUCAGCAGAGAAGGGCCCCUCUGCAAAAGCCUCAUCUGUCAAUGAGCGGGCUACACCCAACAGAAGUAAAGUUAGUAAAGAAGAUUCCCCUGCCAAUACUGUUGAAGUUGAAUCUCCAGUAAAACGACCAAGAGGUAGACCACCCAAGAGAGGAUUAGGAGUGAAUAAAGACGGCAGUACCACUGCAGCUGGAAAGUCAAGUAAGAAGCUAGCAACUGUGGUUGUUGAUGUUCAUAAUACAAUGAAUGGUGAGCCACAGACUGUGAUUCCUGUCAGCAGACCAGUUUUAAGAGGGAAGAGAACUUCUCCAGCUAAGAAGUCACAAAAAGCAGCAACAGUCUUACCAGAGGAUACGGAAUGCUCAAAUAUAAAAGAUUUAUCUCCUUCACCAAAAAGACCAAAAUCACAUGAAGAAAUUAAAUCCCAAGUUGAAAAAGAUCAAAAAGAUCUCCUGCAAAUAGUUCCUGUUCAGAGCACUAAAAAAAGAAAAGCUGCCACAGUUAAGAAAGAUAAUGCAGGUAAGAAAGACAAGGAGUCUAUACAAGAAAACAAAGAAGAAAAUGCAAAGUCAAGUGCCUCACUGUGUAAUCAAACACCAGUAUCCCCUGAUAAAACUCAGAGUACAAAGGUGGUUAAAUGUGUUCAAAAACCUUCACAUCAAGAAGUGCCCGCAUUAUCUGAACUCGAAAAUCCCACUGCCAUUUCAACGAGCCUUACUUCUAAUAAGGAACAAAAAAUUUCAAAACAAAGUCCAAAAGUCAAACCAGUGCAAGCCAAACGUAAGGAAACCAGUCAGGAUUUGGCUAAGUCUGUAAUGGAGAAAAUAAGCCCAGCAACAGGAGUUAAUAAGGAUGCUGAAAGUGCACCGGCACAAAAAAGUGAUACUAUACAAAAAAUUAUGUCUGGACAGAAGGCAAGACUCAUACCAAAGGUCAUUUCUGCGGAUAAACAGAUCCCGGGACAAAAAAUAAAUUCAUUGCCAAAAGUUACUGCUGCAGAUUCCUCUGUACAGAAGGACAGUACUUUGGCCAAGGAUAGUGCUGUUGUGAAGGAGGGAAGUUUGGUGAAGAGCAAUGCAUCCUCAACACUUAACAUGUUAGAGAAGACGAGUUCUCAGAAGGGAGACAAUUUAGAAAGUGAUAGUUUUGUGGAGGAAGAUGUUGUAAUACAAAAGAGCACUACUUUGCCAAAAGCUAAUUCCUUAGAGGAAGAUAUAUCUGUGCAAGAGAUUAUUCCUUUGCUUGAAGAUAAUUCUGCUGAGAAGGAUAUAUCUGUGCUAGCUCAUAGUAUAUUAACAGAGGCUGACUCUUCAGAAAAAGAUACUUCUGCUGAAGAGAGUAGUAUUUUGCCAGAAGGUAAAUCUACAGAGAAAAUUACUCUUCUUCGGGCAAGUAGUACUUUGGUGAAAACCAAGUCUACAGAGAAGGAUACUCCUCUACAGGUUAGUAAUACUUUGACAAAAGCUAGUUCUACUAGGCUAGACAGUAUUGUACAGAAAAAUAUUACACUGCCAAAAGUUGUUGCUACAGAGGGAAAUAUUCCAAUUGAGGAAAGUAGUACAUUACCAAAAAUUAGUUCCUUAGAGAAAGAUAAGUCUAUGCAGCAGGGUGAAGACAAGUGCUUACAGAAGGAUAGUUUGUUGCCAAAUGACAGUUCUACUAAUAACAAUGAUCCAAUACAAAAAAGCAGCACUGGCCUGACAGACAAGGGUAUUUUCCCUGUAAAAGAGAGCCAAGUGCAAAAAAUAAUUGAAGUAAACCAAACACCAACAGGUAGUCUACAAUUGGAAGACUGCCCAGUGCAAAAACUAAUUGUUGCGCAGAACAAUAAUGAGUUACAGAAUGAUGAUAGAAUACAGAAGAAUUCUUCACAACAGAGAGGUAUUUUACUUAAAGGAAAUACUAAUAAGAAGGAAAAUAGAGAUCAUAAAAUCACACCAUUGCAGAAAGACCAUCAUAUUCAGAAAAAUAGUUUGGCUCAGAAAGGUCUCCCAGUACUGAAAGUCACCCCAUCCCAAACAGACAACUCACCUCGGAUAUUUUCACAAAAAGAUAGACUUGAUCAGAGCAAAACCCAUGUUCAGAAGGACAGACCUGUACAGAGACGUACUCUGGCUCAGAAAGUUAAUGCACCAGAGAGAGAGAGUUUAAUUGAUAGUAAUAAACUAACUGGGGGUGGUGACUCAGACCAGGUUAAUAGUCUUGCUCAGAAAGAAAACCCAGGAGGUCACAAAGAUAGUCCAAGUCAAAAAAGUAGUCCUAAAGUAAAAAAUGCUCCAGUUCAAGCAGAAAGUGUAAUACAGACAGACUUAGUAGAGAGAGGUGUUCAUGUUCAAGAAAUUGAGAAGAAAGUUGAAUUUAGUUCAACUAUAAACUGUCCAAAUGAUAAUGAAAUAAACCAGAUCAAGCAAGUACAGGGUGUGAAGAAUAUUUGUGAUCUAGAACAAGAUGUAAAGAUUGUGCAGAAGGAUAACAUGGAAGAUGUGAUAGUAAAAGAAACACCCAACUUAGAAAAAGGUCUUGGAAUACCAAAAAAGGCAGAGAUUGAGGUUGUUGAUCUGGAAGAGAGAGUUAACACAACACACAAAGAAAGUGAUGAGGUUCAGGUAAUUAGCCAAGCACACAAGGGGAAAGGAAAGAGGCAAGGUAACCUAGUUCCAGCAGAAACUAGUGAACAAGAAAGUCAAGCAAAUAUUUCAGUAAAGGGGAGUCCAGCAAUUGUGCAAAAAACAAAAGAAAGUGGACUUUGCAUGAAGACUCCACUAAUAAUUGAAAAGGGAGAAACUAAGAAUAAAGAAAAGACUAACAGCCAGGAAGUUAUCAAAGCCCCAGAAGCUAGUCCAGCCCUGGACAAAAGUAGUUCUCCAGAAGUUAUUGAAGAAAGGGGGACCAGGAAACCACCAGUACAAAAUGUCUUGCAAGAAGGGAGAGCUGUGGCAGGACCCUGUUCCACAUCAACACCUUUAACAGAAGUUCCAGUUACCUCAGUUGCAAAGUCAAAAGAAAAAGUACCACGGAUAUUGAAACAGCUUUUCCAAGAUGAAGGUGUCCAAAAUAUGCUCAAAAGUAUGGGUGAAGACUCAAGCAUUGCACCUGAGACUUCCCCAAAUAAUGACCCUGGUGCUCACAAGCUGCGUCCUAAGAGGGCCACUGAGCCAAUGCUGGCAUUCUCUCCUGAUUUUGAAGCCAUGGAAGCACUUUUGACAACGAAGAAAAAGAGAAGAGGAACUGAGCUAGAUACUUUGUACAUGGAUGAAGGAGUCCUUAAUCUGCUGACUAGUUUAGAGCCCCACUCAAGAAGAAGUCAUCAAGAUGAUGCUGCCAGUGACACAUCUCAAGCCAGUAGUUCUAGGAGUGUUAAAGGCAUCAAAACGAGUAAAUCUUCUCUUGAGUUGAAUUCUGAGAGCAGGAAAAGAAAGUUAAGUGGAGCAAGCACAGUUAGCAAUACAUCUAUUAGAUCUAUGCAACCACCAGAUUCUAAAAGGGCACGAUUGGAAAGCCAAGACCCUAGUGAGGAUCCUUAUGAAUUAGCUGCUGCUGAAGAAUUCCAGGAACGGCCUGUUAGUGUAGAACCUAUUGCCUCGGAUGUGGAUGUGAGUCUAACUAAAAAGAAAGGAAAGCCAACUCUUCCAUUAUCAGUUCGACAAAAAAAUAAAGCUAUAAGAAUACAGUUGAAACUCCAAAAGCAGAAACAAUUGAAAGUUACGGGUAGUGAUGUUACUCCACACAAGGAAGAUGAUAACAUGAAUUUGGCUGAACUCCAGGAAGUGUUGAGGAAGGCAAAAGAAACGUUUAACGAAACGCCUCUGGGACCCACUCCUGCAGAGAAAGAGUCAGAUAGGUCUGUACCCCCUUUGAAAAUAAAGCUGGCAUCUGACAGUGUAACAAUUAAGCCUGUUAGUAGGCCCAGUCCCAUUCAACAGAUUGCUAUGGUAGAUAUAGGGAAACAAACGAGAUUACCUGCAAAACAGAAUAUUAGUGACGUCCCUAGUAGACUCAUAUCCAGACCAACACCAAUGCAGGAAUCAAGAUUGACAGCGAGAAAUACUAUGGAGAGGCCCAGACCAUAUCCAGAAAGACAGACACCUCCACCUCAGCUUCGGAGAUUUGACAACAUAUCCAGCCCUACUGCUGCAAGCUUUUCAUCGCUGGUCAGAACUUUUGAUGGGAGUGGACAUCAAAGGAGUAGGCAGAGGAUUGGAGGAGAGUCUGUCCGUCAGUCCCAAAGGGCCAGUGUCAGACAGAGUGAAGGCAACUAUCACUAUCGAGAUAUUUCCCUUAGGAAGUUCAAUAAUUUUACACAGAUCAUCCUUUCGCCAUCAACGACCAAAAUGAAGAAUGCUUUGAAUUCGAGGGUUUUAAGAGAGCUGUGUGAAGCACUCAAUAUCCUGAAACGUGACGAGUCUGUACGAAUGGUUUUACUCACUGCCACCGGCUCUACUUUCUGCCAGGGUGUUGAUCUUACUGCACUUCAACACCACAAUAUUGAAACACGGAAGAAAAAUGCUGAAAAUCUCGUCCGAGGCAUAAAAGACUUCCUGAAGGCCCUGGUACAGUUUCCUAAACCUAUUGUUGCUGGUGUCAAUGGGAAUGCAAUGGGCCUUGGGGUCACUAUGUUACCCCUUUUUGAUUUGGUUAUUGCCAAUGAUAAGGCAGAAUUUUACCUUCCUUAUGCCAAAUUGGGUCAAGUGCCAGAGGGAGGAGCCACAUAUACCUUCCCCAACCUCUUUGGUAAAUUGCAGUCAACAAAGUUGUUCCUUGGCCACAAGAUAACCGCAUCUAAGGCUCAGGAAAUGGGUCUGGUUUCUGAGUCUAUAUGGCCAGCUACUUACCAGCAGGAGCUCAUACCUAAAGUGGCUCUCCUUGCAACACAGUCAGCUCAGAGUAUGGAGGCGACCAAGGCGUUGAUGAACCAUCACCUGGUUACCAAGCUGGAGCUGAGCCUCGAGUCUGAGUGCCGACUAUUACUGCAGCAGUGGACUUCACCACACUUCACUCACCUGUGCAAACGGUUCCUAGAUUCACAUCAUAUACACUUACAGAAGCCUGUCAACCUCCCGUUGUAGGCAGACCGUCACCCCAAUAUUACUUUCCUUACCUUGGUUCCAGAUAUAUCGUUAAAUUAAUAAUAUAAAAGAAAAUUACUCGGCACCAAGCUGGAAGCGGCCCAUUGGUGAUUGUGCACAAGUGAAACUAGGUUCAUAAUUUAUUAAAUGAAUUUUGUGUGGUGAAACGGGCCUCUACAAGACUAAUGUUAAUGGCCUUUUGUUAAGAUAAAUUUUUUUUGUCACCUUGGCUAUACCUGAAGUAAAAUAUCGGGACAGUGUGACUGACCCCUUCAAUGUUUACAUUAUGGUGACCAUGACGUGUCGAGAUAUAUUUGAAAAUAUAAUUUAUAUAUUGUUUUGGAGUGGCAUACGGCAAAGAUCAGUAACUAAACUAUUUGAUAUAAAGAUGAAUCUUCGGUGACUACUCCAGAAUAAGAAUAAUUUAUUUACUGAAUGGACAGUUAUUCUUGGAACGAAGAAUGUGAUGACUGAACAAUACAGUAGUGUGAUAUUGGCGAAUAAUGUCUGAUGCUGUAUUUUGCAGUGAUAUGAGGCCUUUUGCAAAUUCUCCCACCCUCCUUCAAGUGGGCCCUGCUACUUCCACUUGGUGGGUAAUAAUGUAUAGUGUAUAGUUAAUAAAAUAGUAUCUGCAGAAGUGGAUAUUACUAAAUAUUAAGAGGUUGCGAUUGUGUGGCGCGACUUAUAGUUACAGAGAGCAGCAGGGAAGCUAAUGGGUAUCCUCCCUGGUUUCUUGGAAUGUCCAUAUGCAAAAUUAUUAACCUAUAACAUUCUCAUGCACACAAACUUUUGUAUAUAUAUUAGAACUCGUCUGUGCACAAGUUAUAUUUUACAUGGGAAGUUAUUUUAUCGGGAUGUAUUCCCAGUGUGAACGUUUUGUAUAUCUUUCAAUUGAGGUGUGUGAUUUUUGUAGUUGAUUUUUAUAGUUCAGAGUUGUUGAUAAAGUACAACCUAUAUGCUAUGGCAGUCCUUGAAACAUGUCAUUCUCAUGCAAUGAAAGUUAUUGAAAUCUUGA